AUGGAAGGCAGCACGGCAGUAGGCACCGACCAGACUCCAACCACGACAGAGCAAGAUGAAGAACUCGAAGGAGGAACCCACCAAACUCAAGAACCACCCGCAAAGAAGCCGAAGAAGGCGUCCGGAUCAAAGACAGCCACCUCGACUGGGAAAGGGACGACAAAGAAGGUCGUUACACGGUUGACAUCCAAGAUCCCAGAGGAACAAGAAGAGUCCGGGCAGGAAGACCGAGAAGACAUCCAGGAAACCUUAGGAAACGAAUGGGCGGAGAUCGUUGGAGCCGUCAGAGAUCCAGACGAGGAAGAUACCGGGAUCACUAGGAAGGCCAGCAAAGGAAGACCCGGUUCGGCCAAAAACCCCAUUGCAACGGAUGGACACCCGAGAGCCGAACGAUCCCUCCAGGCACGCAUCCUUGAAAUGUACGACAGGGCGGAGGAAGCAGCGGAAUCAGGCGACCACGCCAAGGCGGAGAUCCUCCUGAAGAUCUGCGAAGGCCUAUGCCAUGUGGCCACCGGACCUGCUGGAGGCGCCCAUCCCCCCGGUAAAGAUUUAGGCGCAACAAGCCAAGUCCAAAAAGUCGGAUUUCUGAGUGCGAUUCCACCAAAGAAACCCAACUCAACUGUCCACAAUGCCAUGGAGGUGGAUACGACCGGUCAGAGUCAAAACCCAACCAAGGAAAACCCAAAGCCAUCCGAUGGCGCCAACCAGCAGACCCAAAGGCAGGGAGGAUACAAAGGAAACCGCUUCAACCCGCGCCACAACAAGCGCGAGCGGGACGGCGGCGGAGGAGGGUCAUACAGGAAAGACCACAACCAUUAG